AUGACCCCGUUUGAGGCAGUUUAUGGGCGGCCACCGCCACCACUAGUGCCUUCCUUACCAAGCAAGGUGCGCGUGCAGGCUUUGGCGGACUCCCUCCGUGAAUGUGAUGAAGUACUGGCUCACUUGAGAGAGCAUUUGACUAGCGCUCAACAGCAUCUGGUUCCCGAGGCGAGCAAACACUGGAGGCCUUUGAAAUUUGCCGUUGGAGACAGGGUAUAUCUUCGGUGUCGACCGUACCGCCAGCCAAGUCUUUUUCCAAUAGCUCACGCUAAGCUUGCACCGCGGUACUUUGGCCCCUUUGAGGUGGAAGCACGAAUUGGAGCAACAAUGUACAGGUUGAAGCUACCAACAUAUUCAAAGAUACACCCGGUGUUUCAUGUGUCCUUGCUUAAGCUAGCAGUUGGGUCUAUUUUAGGUUCCCCUACUUUGCCGGAGGAAUUACUAGAGGCCGAACCGCCUUUUAUUCCUACGGCUAUCUUACAACGGCGAUCUGUGGAAAGGAAUGGCGAAAUGGUAGAGCAAGUGCUCAUUCAGUGGCAUAGACUCGGGGAGGAAGAUAGUUCGUGGAUCGACAUGGCUGACUUGCGUGGUUAG